CAAGGCCAACUUCUUGCCACUGGGCAGCCAGAGACCAAGCUGUCUUCAGCGGAUGUCUGCAGCAGAUGCCACACAGUUCUGGAGCUGGACGCAGCUUCUCCCCUCCCAGGGACCCCAGCAUGCCUGACAGCAGAGAGGCCCCACAGGAGAGUGGGCAAGACACAAGCCUGGGGACCACGCAAGAAAACUUGGGGACCAGCCCCCGGACUGACGGGCAGACGAUCUCCAAAGAAUCCCUAAGCCAUGCUCUUGUUCACUCGUCCCCAGAGAAGGCGAAGGACACCCAGUUGGAUUGUCCAGAGGAGGCGUUGUGGACGACUCAGGCUGAUGGGCGGGUCCGCUUGCGCAUAGACCCCAGCUGCCCACAGCCUCCCACCACCGUGCACCAGAUGUUCUACCAGGCCUUGGACAAGUACGGCAACCUCAGCGCCCUGGGCUUCAAGCACCAGGGCAAGUGGGAACGCAUCUCCUAUGUUCAGUACUACCUGCUGUCCCGCAAAGCGGCCAAGGGCUUCCUGAAGCUCGGCCUAGAGCGGGCCCACAGUGUGGCCAUCCUCGGCUUCAACUCCCCAGAGUGGUUCUUCUCGGCUGUGGGCACAGUGUUUGCAGGUGGCAUUGUCACCGGCAUCUACACGACCAGCUCCCCUGAGGCCUGCCAGUUCAUUGCCCAUGACUGCCGCGCCAAUGUCAUCGUGGUUGACACACAGAAGCAGCUGGAAAAGAUCCUGAAGAUCUGGAAACAUUUGCCACACCUGAAGGCAGUAGUGAUAUAUCAGGAACCUCUUCCAAAGAAGAUGGCCAAUGUGUACACGAUGGAGGAAUUCAUGGAGCUGGGGAAUGAGGUACCGGAGGAAGCCCUGGACACCAUCAUCAGUGCCCAGCAGCCCAACCAGUGUUGCGUACUGGUCUACACAUCAGGCACCACUGGGAGCCCCAAGGGUGUGAUGCUGAGUCAGGACAACAUCACGUGGACAGCACGAUAUGGCAGCCAGGCCGGUGACAUUCAGCCAGCAGAAACCCAACAGGAGGUAGUGGUCAGCUACCUACCCCUUAGCCACAUUGCUGCCCAGAUAUAUGACUUGUGGACGGGCAUCCAGUGGGGGGCCCAGGUCUGCUUUGCUGAGCCUGAUGCACUGAAGGGGAGCCUGGUGAACACAUUACGGGAGGUGGAGCCCACGUCCCACAUGGGAGUCCCGCGGGUGUGGGAGAAGAUCAUGGAGCAAAUCCAGGAGGUAGCGGCUCAGUCCAGCUUCAUUCGGCGGAAGAUGCUGCUGUGGGCCAUGUCAGUGACCUUGGAGCAGAACCUCAGCUCCCCGGACAGCGACUUAAAGCCCUUCAUGACCAGGCUGGCAGAUUACCUGGUGCUAGCCAAGGUCCGCCAGGCGCUGGGCUUUGCCAAGUGUCAGAAGAGCUUCUACGGAGCAGCCCCCAUGACCGCAGAGACACAGCGCUUCUUCCUGGGCCUCAACAUCCGCUUAUACGCGGGCUACGGGCUCAGUGAGACCUCAGGCCCCCACUUCAUGUCCAGCCCCUACAACUACCGGCUCUACAGUUCUGGCAAGGUGGUGCCAGGCUGCCUCGUGAAGCUGGUGAAUGAGGACGCGGAGGGCACCGGCGAGAUCUGCCUGUGGGGCCGCACCAUCUUCAUGGGCUACCUGAACAUGGAGGACAAGACGUGUGAGGCCAUCGACGCCGAUGGCUGGCUGCACACGGGCGACGCCGGCCGCCUCGACGACGAUGGCUUCCUCUACAUCACCGGGCGACUCAAAGAAUUAAUCAUCACAGCUGGUGGGGAGAAUGUGCCUCCUGUGCCCAUCGAGGAGGCUGUGAAGACAGAGCUGCCCAUCAUCAGCAAUGCCAUGCUGAUUGGGGACCGACGGAAGUUCCUGUCCAUGCUGCUCACCUUGAAGUGCACUCCAGAUCCAGACACAUCUGAGCCAACUGAUAAUCUGACCGAACAAGCUGUGGAGUUCUGCCAGGGGGUGGGCAGCAAAGCCACCACAGUAUCCGAGAUCGUGGGGAAGGAUGAGGCCGUGUAUCAGGCCAUUGAAGAGGGGAUCCAGAGGGUCAACCUAAAUGCAGCUGCCCGACCCUACCAUAUCCAGAAGUGGGCCAUUCUCGAAAGGGACUUCUCCAUUUCAGGUGGAGAGCUGGGUCCCACAAUGAAACUGAAACGGCUCAUAGUUCUGGAGAAGUACAAAGACAUAAUUGAUUCAUUUUACCAAGAGCAAAAAAAGUAAUCAGGGGCUCCCCUUGCAGUCUCUAUUAAAUAGAUGAUGGUAAGCCUUUGGGAGCAUCUUGCUGCCUCCAGGGUCUUUUCAGUUUGGGCAUGUGGACUUCUGGCACGUCUGAGGUCUCCCGGUGAGGAAGUAUGGCUCUGCAUUUCCAUUUGUGAUGUCUUAGGCCAACAAUAGCUGAAAAUUCUGAAAAGCUGACAUGUGGAUUCUUAGUUUUAAUUCUGUGUUUAAGUAUUGCUUUUUGUUCAGGUGACAAGUGAAAAUCAGUCCUUCUCCAGAACAGAAGGGCUGAUCAUUUUCGGGUAGUUCCAGGUAGAUUUAACAAGUGGCCAGCUUACAUAACAGGCAAGCUGGAGAGGACUGUGUGUGGGGGAUGGGGAGGUGGUUUGUAUUUCCGGUGUGUGCUGCAAGGAGAGCGGACAGCUGUAACUCACCUAAUGACCUGACUUCCGGCCUGAGUCACCUGGGAUCCUACUGGAUACUGCCAACCCUAUAGUUCCACUACCAGGCACUCCUCAGCCACACACAUGCCAACUAACUUGACGCUUAAUAAAAUGGCUGCUGUCUAUUUGAUUGUUAUUUAAUAUGUGAUCUGAAUAUUAAACUUUUUAACAGAGCUGUUGACAAGUACCUGAACUGUUUGUCAUCUGAGCAGGUGAGAUCCAUUUAGAGUAGUGGGUCAAAUAAAACAGGUCCAUGUGCAACAGGAGUGACCGUUAGUGCCCUGGAGUAAGCGAAGGUGUAGGCAGGGUGUCAGUGAAGCAUUCUUGUAAAAGCAGCCAGCUUGUCACCCUCCCACUCUGAAUACCUUAAGCAGCCCCAUUCUUAGUAGCAAGCUGAGCCAAAAUGACCUAAGGUACCUGUAUAGGAAACAGAGAAAGCAGACAUCUCAAUCAGUUCUGGAAU